CGGUAUCGCAGAAGAGUCCAGCUGCUUCACCGAUAGACUGGUCUUUCCCUGGCUUCACCGAUACACCAACCAAAACCCUCGCCGCCAUCCCCUCCCCUCUCCUCCCCGCGCCGCCGCCGCCGCCGCCCCCGGCCCCUCCCGGCCAGUGACCGUCCUAACCGACCACUCUGUACACCAUGCCGACCUCCUCGCAUGUCGGCGGCGACGGCCUCCCCCCCGGAUCCGCAUCCUCCAUCAUAUCCAGGGUCGUGAGCGGCUACCACUUGCUGAAGAUCGUCGGCUACUCGGGCACCAAGGAGGUCCCCAAUGGCAAGUGGAUCGACUCUUGCCCGUUCCAGGUGGGAGGCCGCACAUGGCAUGUGGAGUACUAUCCCAAUGGGCAAGGGUCCGAGUACAUUGAUUACAUAGGCCUCUUUCUUGCCUGGGAUGAUACCGUCGACAAGGCCGAGACCCUGAAUGCAAAAUUCAAGUUCAGCUUACUCGAUCAACAUGGGAAGCCAGUGCCGUCUUAUACCAAGACCUCCAAGACCAUAGACUUUUCCGUGGAUAAAUGUGUGGGAUGUCCUAGAUUUAUGAAAAGGGUUGAAUUGGAGGAAUCAGAGCAUCUCAAGGACGAUUCCUUCACCAUCAAGCUCGAUGUCACUAUCAUGAGCGAGUGCCACACGCAGCAGACACCGUCCGUCCUGGUGCCACCGUCUGACAUGCACCUGCACUUUGGCGAUCUCCUAUCGAGCAAGGCCGGUGUGGAUGUCGAAUUCGUUGUCGGUGGGGAGACAUUCUCGGCGCACCGGUUGGUUCUCGCGGCACGGUCUCCGGUCUUCAGAGCAGAGCUCUUUGGACUGAUGAAGGAGGGAGCCACUACUGGGGCCAUACGCAUACAUGACAUUAAGGCAGAAGUGUUCAACGCUCUGCUUACUUUUAUCUACACGGAUGCACUGCCCGCUAUGGAUCAACAGGAGGAAUCUGCCAUGGCUCAGCAUUUGCUUGUUGCAGCAGACAGGUAUGCUUUGGAGAGGCUGAAGCUGAUUUGUGAAGAUAAGUUGUGCAAUUGUAUCGAUACGAGCUCCGUGGCGACUAUCUUGGCAUUGGCGGAGCAGCACCACUGCCAUGAGCUUAAGGUGGCAUGCUUGGUGUUCCUCAGCUCGCCGAACAAUCUGGAUGCAGCCAUCGAGUCUGAAGGUUUCGAGUUUUUAACCAAGAGCUGCCCCGGUGUUAUUAAGGAUCUCCUCAAGUCCAAGGUUGCUCCUAGUCUACUUGGGAAAAGAAAGUCUAGGGCAUGAACAUGAGGUUUCAGUCAUGCAUGUCAUUUGCAACCAUCCGCCCAGAAACUUACUAACUACCCUGCAUGCUAUCUAAUACUAGUACAGUGGUGCUAGUAGUUUUAUGUGUAGUCCUGUUCUCACAAGGAUGCGAUGUACGUUGGUCCUAUCUUGUUUGGGCAUUGCAUCCUUUAUGGAGAAUUAUGAAUGAUUUGACUAGCUAUGUGGAAAGCAAGAACCAUAUGUGCUAAUUAGUGAACAGUUAGUUCAGAA